GAACACGGUGUCCUUCACCUGACACCUGAAUCAGGUUUUCAGCCAGUAGAAUGAUGAUGUGUUCACUGACUUUAUUUUGUUUUUGUCAUGUAGUUGUGUACAGUCAGUAUUAGGAGGGGCUCCACACCGCGGCAGCCAUCAGAGGUGUAGGACUGAAGCUCUCCCACCCACCCUAUCCCCUCUCUUUUACCUUCCUUCCUCUCUCCCCCUCCCACCGGGCCUCACUCCCUCCCUCCCUCCCGCACUCACUCACUCACACUGCCCUCUCGCACAGUCUCAGGACUCACGGCGGAAUCUGGCAGCGAAGAUGCGGACGGUCGGGACCGUGGGAGCCGUUGUGCUGUGGGCGCUGCUGGUCGCCCUGGUGCCCGGCGGCGUGUCGGAGCUGGUGACGCUGGUGCAAGACCCGGUGAAGUCCGAGUCUACCCUGCUGAAGCCGAAGGUUAUGAUCGCCAUUGUGGCUCGUAACGCAGCGCACAGCCUGCCACAUUACCUGGGCUGCAUCGAGGGGCUGGAGUACCCGAAGGAGCGCAUAGCGAUCUGGGCAGCAACAGACCACAAUGUGGACAACACCACUGCCAUGUUGAGAGAAUGGCUAAAGAGAGCCCAGCAUCUCUACCACUAUGUGGAGUGGAGACCCAUGGAGGAGCCCAAAUCCUACACAGAUGAGUGGGGUCCGAAGCACUGGCCUCCUUCAAGGUUCAACCAUGUGAUGAAGCUGAGACAGGCGGCGCUGAAGGCUGCCAGGGAACGAUGGGCUGACUUCAUACUAUUUGUAGACAGCGACAACCUGUUGACCAACCCUCGUGUGCUCAGCCUGCUGAUGGCUGAAAACUUGACGCUGGUGGCUCCCAUGUUGGAGUCGCGCUCGCUGUACUCCAACUUCUGGUGUGGCAUCACCCCACAGGGUUACUAUAAGCGAACCCCUGACUACCAGCCGAUCAGGGAGUGGAAGCGGCUUGGCUGUUUCCCCGUUCCCAUGGUGCACAGCACCUUCUUAUUAGACCUGCGUCGUGAAUCCAGCAGGGACUUGGCCUUCUACCCUCCUCACCCGGACUACAGCUGGGCGUUCGAUGACAUCAUGGUAUUUGCUUUCUCGGCACGUCAAGCAGGUGUUCAGAUGUAUGUGUGUAACAGAGAGCACUACGGUUUCCUGCCUGUUCCUCUCAAAGCUCAGCAGAAUGUGGAAGACGAAAGUGAGAGUUUCAUACACACCAUCACGGAGGCUUUGAUUGACCACGACAUAGAGCCCUCUGAGUACCUGUACUCUCCACCAUCACCGCAGGACACCAUAGGCUUUGAUGAAAUUUUCCUGAUCAACCUGAAACGCAGACUGGACAGAAGAACCAGGAUGCUGAAAACAAUGGCUUCGCUGGGUCUGCAUGCAACGCUGACAGACGCAGUGGAUGGCAAGGCUCUCAAUACAUCCCAGCUGCAGGCGUUGGGAAUAGAGAUGCUGCCACACUACAAGGACCCUUACUCUGGUCGAGUCCUGACCAGGGGGGAGAUCGGUUGCUUCCUCAGCCAUCACUCUAUAUGGAUGCAGGUGUUGGAACGUGGCCUUGAGAGAGUUCUUGUUUUAGAAGACGACGUGAGGUUUGAGCCCAGGUUUAAACGACGGCUGCAGGCCAUAAUGGAAGACACAGACAAAGCUCAGCUGAACUGGGACCUCAUCUAUGUGGGGCGUAAACGCAUGCAGGUGCAGCAGCCGGAGAAGUCCGUGGAUGGUGUAAACAACCUGGUCGAGGCAGACUACUCCUACUGGACACUGGGCUAUGCGCUGUCUCAGCAAGGAGCCAGGAAGUUACUGGCUGCUGAUCCCUUCACAAGGAUGCUGCCUGUAGAUGAGUUCCUACCCAUCAUGUUCAACAAACACCCCAAUACUGAGUACAUGACUCACUUUGAGCCGCGGGACCUGAAGGCCUUCUCCGUGGAGCCGCUCCUCAUCUACCCCACUCACUACACUGGAGAGCCGGGCUACAUCAGCGACACAGAGACCUCCACCAUCUGGGAUGAUGAAGCUGUGGCCACAGACUGGGACCGGCAGCAUGCCCGUAAGACGGAGCAGCAGGGUAGAAUUCGCCCUGUGGCGCAGAACAGCGUCACCGGAGACUCGCCGCCUCCCGCAGCUCGAGCCUCGCGGGACGAACUGUGAUGGAGAGACCUGAGGCUCGGAGAGGGAGAGAGACUGUGUGAGGGUGUUUACUGUGCCAAGUACACACAGUGAACGUCACGUGUACACACACUUGAAAAGACACUUGAACUACGAGCUGACACACACACACACACACACAUACUGGUGUCCAAACGGUUAAAGGCAGAGUUAAAAUUGCAGUCCACUCUGCUGCCUGAUGAAGAGACACUGAGGAGGAGGAAGAAGAGGAAGAAGAGGAGAAUCUGGGACGAGGGCCAGCAGGCCUUUGACAAAAGCUUUAUUUAUUCCCCUUGUGCCUUUUCUGGGCAUGUGGAGACUUAUUUGCAGGACGUGAAAGAAAGAAAGACAUUCUCAUAAAUCAAUUUUUAUAUUGUUUGAGAAGAUUAUUGUUAUUUAAAAAGAACACACGUUUUUGUAAUGGACAGCCGAGGAAUAAAGGAAUGUUAAAGCUGUCUGAAAACAACUCUUAUGUGUGUGUGUGUGUGUUUGUGUGUGCACACGUGACCAUAUGCGUGUUGUGUUUACAGAACAUGUGGGAGGAGGGAGACUGACAUGCCAUACCCAGGAGUGUCACUGCUUCAGAUGAUGUCAGACUCUCACACACACACACACACACACACACACACACACACACACACUGAGAGUGCAGCAUUUCUUUGCCAAGCAGCAGGGCAGUAACGGAUGUUAUUAGGCUCAGUGUUUCUGUCAUAGUGGGCUGGUCCUGCUAGCUAGCAUUUCAGAACGCCAGUCACACGUCGCAGGAUGUAUGUAGGAUGUGUGAUUUGUCCACGUCAGACUCCUGCUUUUGGAAUCUAUAUGUGUUCAAUAUUCUGCAAAAUGCUGGAUUGCUGUUUUAUUCAUGUCCUCAACAGAGACUGUUCUUCGUCCAAUUGUGGCGCUGGACUGAACCAAUAAAACUACUUCUUUA